GCGGCCCAAACCGAACCACCACACUCCCAAAUGCUCCGCCGCCGACCGCGCCUGCCCGCCGCCCCCUCGCCGCCGGCGCCUGCGCACCGGCGAGCCUUCCGCUCGGAAGCCGCCCUCGAGGCUAUCCGCUCGCACUCGCUCCAGUCGAAAGCCGGCGCCCCCUGCUCCGGCGCGGGAGACGAGGCGGGGCCCGCCAGCCUCGCGCUCUACAACUACCCCACCUUCGCGGGGGCCUACGGCGCGCUCGCCGCCCGCCUCUUCCACCAGCGCGUCUGCCGCCGCCUCCUUGUCCUCCCCUUCUCCUCCGUCGAGCCCUUCAGAGCUGAAGACUUCGAGGAUGCGGGGUUCCAGACGUGCUAUCUCUUGGAUUUCAUUGGGCCCAAGAAGUUUGCUUUCGAGCUCUCUCAGUUCGUCCCCAGUGUGCUAGCAUUUGAUCACCGGCAAAGCACGCUAGCAAGAAUCCCCAAGUUGGGCCAGUGCCCAAGCAAUGUUGAGCUUCAUAUUGACACGUCAAAAAGCAGUGUUCGAUCUGUGUUUGAUUAUUUCUCCAAGAAGCUAGCAGGGACAAAAUAUGAAUCUCAAAUUCGUGAAAACUUGUUCGGCCUAGAAGAUGAGGAGCGAGUUUCAAAUGUUCUUGAAUACAUAGAGGAUGCAGAUCUGCGACGGUGGCAGCUGCCUAACACCAAGGAAUUUCAGACAGCACUUAGGGAUGAACGGGCAAAGUUGAACUGUGUAACAAAUCCUCAUGUUUUUGAACAGCUACUACAACUUGAUGUUGGCGAUCUGCUUACUAGGGGGAAAUCGGUUGCUCAUGAUCGCGUACAGGCUGCAGGGGAGUUCAUACAGAAGCCUUUCAAGAUUCAGCUUGGAAGAGGGUUGUAUGGUGAAUGCCUGGCAAUCAGAGCAGAUCGAAACUCAAAAUUGAGCCACGAAAUUGGUUUGGAGCUGAGUAGGAGGAGUGCUGCUGCUGGAUUAAGGCCUAUUGGAGCAGUGGUCUUCAUGCAACGCGGUAUCCUAAAGGUUUGCUUGAGGACUACUGACAGUACAACUAAUACAGCAAAUAUUGCAAAGGCUUAUGGUGGAGGUGGGAAACCAAGUUCAAGUUCGUUCGCGCUAAGAAUGGAUGAGUUCAACACCUGGACUUCGGUGAACUCAUGAACUGGAUGGUAAACAGUGGUCAUACUGUUGGAACAGUCACUCAGCUGCCACAGGUUUUAUCAGUGGUGAAGAAAGAAUGAGGUGACCUUGGACUGCUCUAGUAUGAGAGGGAGGAAAGCAAAAGCUAAGAAUGUAGCAUGAAAUGUUAAUCUGAGUUUAAACGAGAAUAAUGCUGAAGCUUGAAACUGUUUGAGAGAAGAUUUGAUGCUUUUGAGUGAAGGAUUUUCCGGCACAUCAAAAGUGAUCUCAACAAUGCAUUUUUAUGUUCCUAUGAAUCUUUCCUCCAGUA